AUGGUGAACGUUCUUUGGGAUGAAUUGGAGGAUCUUCGCCCAACACCAUCAUGCGUAUGCCCUAUUCCAUGUUCUUGCAAGCUCAGCACAACAGUUCGUGAUUUCAAACAUCAAGAGUAUAUCUCUUGUUUUCUAAAAGGUUUGAAUGAAAAGUACAAUAAUGUUCGCACACAUAUUUUAUUCAUGGAUCUGUUACCUUCCAUUAGCAAACUGUAUUCUCUUCUUGUUCAACAAGACCUUGUUCCCAAUUCGACCCAUAAUCCCCCUGAUACUUCUGUUGCUUUUAAUAUCAAUACUCCCAACAAUUGCAGUCAAGGUCGUGGGCAAUCCCAUCAUGGUUGUGGUUGUGGUCGUGGCCAGCCUCAUCCCUCCAUGUUGUGUACUCAUUGCCAUAAGAAUAAUCACACUGUAGACACAUGUUAUUACAAACAUGGAUUUCCAUCGGGUUAUCGUAAUAACCAAUUUGCAAAUUCGUCUUCACCAAAUGAUUCCAAGAACCCUUCUCUCUCCCAGCCUCUACAGCAACCCGAUUCCAACAAUCAUCUUAGCAAAGAAUAUUAUCAGAUUUUGAUUAAUCUGCUACAUCAUUCUAAAUCUGAUUCUGCAACUUUUUUCGCAACCAAGAAUUCUAUUUCAGAUCAAUCCAAUCUCAUAGUAUCAAGUAUUUCCAAUACCAGUUUCGUUUCUAAUCAUCUUUCUAUAUGGAUUAUGGAAUUGGGGGCCUUCGAUCAUGUUUGUCCCUUUAUUAAAUAUUUCUCUUCAAUUAAACAAAUUAAACCCAUUUCUAUUAUUUUUCCAAAUGGUUCAUCUAUUCUUGCACAUUUUCCAGGACAUGUUUACUUUACUUCUAAUCUUUACUUGCAAAAUGUGUUGUUUAUUCCUCAAUUCAAUGUUUUUGGUUUUAUUGCUUAUGCUUCCACUUUGCUUCACCAUAGAACUAAACUCGAUCUAAGGGCCACCAAGUGCAUUUUCCUUGGCUUUAGAGAAGGAACUAAAGGUUAUUUGAUGUUUGAUUUACAUACUCAUGCCACCUUUGUUUCUAGGAAUGUAGUUUUUUAUGAACAUAUUUUUCCAUAUGCUAAUCCUAAUUCUACUUCCUUACAUAUUAAUGAUGUUUCUCAUUACUCUUUUAUUUUGUUUGAUGAUAUUGACAUGCCUUUGCCUAAUAUUGUUUAUGUUAAGAACUCCACUAAUGAUAGUACUCAGUCUGCUUCAUCUGGUCUUGAUACUAGUCCUGACAAUUUACGUACUUCUCCUAUAUUUGAUUUUGAUGCACAUCCAGAUACUCUUCGUAGGUCUUCAAGGUCUAAGAAGGCCUCUGCUUACUUACACGAUUUUGAGUGUAAUUUUGCACAUGCUAGGCACCAUAAGUCCGACAUAUUGUAUCCUUUAUCCCAUGUCUUAUCUUAUUCUAAAUUGUCAUCUUCUUUCUAUCAUUUCAUUUCCUCUAUUUCUGCUGUUCGUGAACCUACCUGCUUUAAACAGGCUGUCACAUACAGUAAUUGGACUCAUGCCAUGCAAUCUGAGCUAACAGCCCUCAGUCAGAACAAAUCUUGGACUCUUACUAAGUUACCACAAGCCAAGCUCACUAUUGUAAGACUCUUACUUGCCCUUGCAUCAUCUCAUAAUUGGCAUUUGCAUCAGUUAGAUGUUCAUAAUGCUUUUUUAAAUGGCAAUGUAGAAGAGGAAGUCUAUAUACAAUUGCCCCGUGGGUUAUUGGCUCAUAAUCCGAAUAUUGUUUGCAAACUUCACAAAUCUCUUUAUGGUUUAAAACAGUCCAGUAGGAAAUGGUUUGCUAGACUUUCCUCUACUCUCAUUUCAAAAGGGUAUACUCAAUCUAAUUCAGAUAAUUCUUUAUUCAUUAAAUCCAUUUACUCGUCCCUUACUGCCUUAUUGAUAUAUGUUGAUGACAUAAUAAUUUCUAGAAACAACAUUGAUGAAAUAUCUGAAAUUAAAUCCUUUUUGAAUUGUAAUUUCAAAAUUAAAGAUUUGGGCCACUUGAAAUACUUUCUUGGCCUUGCAAUUGCUAGGUCCAAAUCUGGUAUACAUAUUUCCCAAAGAAAAUAUACUAUAGAUAUUUUAUCUGAUGUUGGUAUGCUUGCCUCUAAACCAUGCUCUAUACCUAUGCAGACAACAUCUAAAUUCAACAAGGAUUUAGGCCAACCUUUCACUGAUCGAGCAUCCUACAGAAGACUCAUUGGAAAGCUGAUCUACUUGACAAAUAUGCGACCAUAUAUUAGCUAUGUAAUACAACAACUUUCCCAAUUUAUGUCCAGCCCUACAAAAUUUCAUUAUCACGCUGCCAUACAAAUUCUCUGUUACCUCAAAUUAUCACUAGCCCAAGGCAUUAUGUUGUCUUCUUCAUCCUCUGUUCAACUUAGAGCUUUAUGUGACAGUGAUUGGGCUAGCUUCCCUGAUACUAGGCGCUCCGUGAGCGGGUUUUGCAUUUUUUUGGGUGAUUCUCUCAUUACAUGGAAGUCCAAAAAUUAA